AUGUUAUUUCCAACAAUUUUAGGAAUAUUAAAUUCAAAGUUAUUAGCAUCUAAGCAGGAAGGCGUUUUUGAAACACCUCUCGAUAAUAUAAUGUAUAAACCACUUGUAUAUAAUGAUCAUGCUUCUGUUAUAAAUACUGUUAUUAAGAAAGAUAAGCUUUAUAUGAGAAGUUUUGCAGAUGAAAGCUCACUUAUUAGAUGGGAUACCAAAAAUGAAGUUGAUAAUUGGUCUUUUUCUGUGACAUUUGAUGAACCCAACUUAUCAGCUGUUGAAUAUGGAGGUAUUUAUAUUUACUAUACCGAUGAAACACCCAUGUUGGGAAAAUUUCAUGGAGCAUUUGACACAUUCAAUGGUUAUGUUAUGGGUUUAGAAACAAAAGGUGUAUCUCAUGAUCUUAUAUUUGGUCAUAACAAGGGUGUGAGUAUGAUUAAUAUGGAUGAUUAUAUGACUAAAAGAGAUAGUAUUGAUCCUGAGAGAUUUAGAGGUCAUAGUGAAUUAACAAUGAAAGUUAUAGCAACUGAAAAAAAUUUUAAAAUAGAAAUUUAUGGUGAUGGAGAAUUGAUUUAUGACAGUUUCAAACUGACUCUUAAUGAAUUAGAUGUUCACAAAAAAGGAAAGUAUUUUGGUAUUGUAGCAGACUAUAACAACGUAAGUACAGCAAAGGCAUAUGCUAUAAAAGAGGUUAAACUUUUUUCAAGAAAUGAAACAUCUGAUUAUGAUAAGUCAAAGAUUAAUCAAAAAGAGCUUAAAAGACCAGAAUAUAGAUAUCUUCAUCAAUAUGAACACAAAGAUGAAGAAGUAAAUGAGCUUUUACAUGUUCUUACUUUAAUACAAAAUUUUGUAAAAAAUGCUGUUGGUGACUUACCCAACACCACAAUCCAAGUAGCUAAGAAUGAAAUAACUCAUCAAUUUGAGAUCAUAAGUGAUUAUAUUGAUAAAGUAAAACAACUCAAUAUUUUUAACCAAGAACCUGACAAAAAUCUCAAUGGAAAAGUAACAGAAAUAGAAUCACAAGUAAAUUCUAUAAAAAAGAUGCUCGAGUCAUUUGAGUUAUCAAUUGAUAAAAAUUUAAAGAAUAAAACCUCAACAAGUCCAAAAACACAAUACAUUCUACUAAGCAUUGGAAUAAUUUCAAUAUUAAUUUACGGAUACAUUGAAUUAAUGCAAAAAUAA